AUGGCAGAGGACCGCGCCCACGUGGAGGCGGUGAUCUCGCGCCUGCUGGCGACGCUCAAGGGCCCAGGCGGCUUCGGGGCGCGCCGCGGGGCCGCGUUUGGGCUGGCCGGCGUGGUCAAGGGCCUGGGCAUCGCGUCCCUCAAGGGUUACGGCGUGCUUGACGCCCUAAAGCAAUACGUGGAGGACAAGAAGAGCGCCACCGCCCGCGAGGGCGGCCUGAUGGCGUUUGAGUGCCUGUGCGAGAAGCUGGGGCGCCUGUUUGAGCCCUAUGUCAUCCACACCCUGCCGCUGCUGCUGUCCGCGUUCGGGGACGCGGCGCCGGCCGUGAGGGAGGCGGCGGCGGACGCGGCGCGCGCCAUCAUGGGGCAGCUCUCAGCGUCCGGCGUGAAGCUGGUGCUGCCCGCGCUGCUCAAGGGGCUGGAGGACCCGGCCUGGCGCACCAAGCAGGGCUCUACCCAGCUGCUGGGUGCCAUGGCCUACUGCGCCCCCAAGCAGCUCGGGUCAUGCCUGCCCACCAUCGUGCCGCGGCUGGGGGCCGUGCUGUCAGACCCCCACCCCAAGCUGCCCCUGGACAUGCCAGGCCCCCUGUUGUCCAGUCUGCCGCGCGCGACGCCCUGGGGGAGGUGGGGCGCGUCAUAG